UCACAAAAUAUGGCAUUUAUGCCAAUUAAAGAUGGGGAAUUUACAAGUACAAUAUAUGGAAUGAUUCGAGACAAUAAAUUCACUGACGCAAUGCGUGUUUUACAAUAUGAAGUUCAAAGAAAUCCGGAGUCAAGAGCUGCGUUAUCUUUACUUGGUUAUUGUUAUUAUUAUAUUCAAGAUUAUAUUAUGGCAGCAGAAUGUUAUGAAAAACUUAGUGAAUUAUAUCCUCAACAUACAGAUUAUCGUCUUUAUCAUGCUCAGGCUCUCUAUAAUGCUUAUAUGUUUCCUGAAGCUGUUUCUGUUCUGGCACUUAUAAAUGAUCCAAAAAUGGAGAAGAAAGUAGUCAAAUUAGAUGCGGCAAUUAAAUAUCGAGAAGAAGACCUUCAAAAUGCUCGAAUUCUUGUUGAACAAUUUGAUAGUGACGAUCCUGAUAUUGAAGAAGGAAAGCCAGCUGAAGCACUUAAACGUUUUAUGGCUGCAACUGAACAACAAAAUGUUGAUGAUACUUCUGGAUAUCAAAUUUCUGAAAUUAUCGACAGAGCUGUAAAGGAUCAUCCUGGAAUUGGAAUGGCAGCAGAGGAAGCAAGUGGAGGGGCACAACUUCGUUCUGUUGGCAACACAUUUCAAUUAAAUGAAAGUGCUGUUAUAGAGGCUUGUAAUCUUAAAUUUGCGAUUGAAUAUCAAAUGAAAAAUGUGGAUGCAGCAGCAGAAGCUUUAUUAGAUAUGCCUGCAAGAGCUGAAGAAGAACUUGACCCUGUUACUUUACACAAUCAAGCAUUAAUUGGUGUAGAAACUAAUUUGGCUGACAGUUUUUCUAAACUUCAAUAUUUGCUCGGCCAUAAUCCCUUUCCACCUGAAACUUUUGCUAAUUUAUUGUUGUUAUAUUGCAAAUAUGAAUAUUACGACUUGGCAGCAGAUGUACUUGCAGAAAAUGCACAUCUUACAUAUAAAAUGCUUUCACAAUCUUCUGAAUCAGAUGCUUAUACAAAAUUUGAUUCUCUUUCAAAUUCAAAACUUGUUGAAUUACGCAAAAGACAUCAACAUUUACAGGAAAUUCGUGAAAAUGAUGGAGUAACAACAACAAAAACAAAUAUAGAUGUUCGUUCAUUACAACAGGCAAUAGAUAAUGUUGAACAAACAAUGGAAGAAUUUUUACCCUCACUUUUAUCUCAAGCAAAAUUACUUUGGGAUAAAUCACAAUGGUCGUUAAUUGAAAAACUUUUUAGGCGUUCAGCCGAAUUUUGUAGUGGAAAUGAUAUUUGGAAAUUAAAUUUGGCACAUGUUUUGUUUAUGCAAGAAAAAUUUAAGGAAGCUAGUGAUUGUUAUGCCCCAUUGGUACGUGCCAAUUUUGAUAAGAUGUUGGAAGUAUCUGCAAUUGUUUUGGCUAAUUUAUGUGUUUGUUAUAUAAUGACAAAUAGUAAUGAAGAAGCAGAAGAAAUUAUGAAAAGAGUUGAAAGAGAAGAAAAUGUAAAUACUGACAAGAAAUCCUUUCAUCUUUCAAUAAUUAUAAUUAUUGGAACCCUUUAUUGUGCUAAAAGCAAUUACGAAUUUGGAAUUUCCCGGAUUGUUAGAGCAUUAGAACCUUGUGAACGAAAACUGGGUGUUGAUACUUGGUUUUACAGCAAAAGAUGUUUAGCCUCACUGAUGGAAAAUAUUGCUAAAUGUGUUAUUGUAAUACGCGAUGAUGUUUUAAUUGAAUGUCUUCAAUUUUUGGAGGCUUGUGAAGCUCAUGGACACGAAAUACCAACUGAGGCAAAUCUUUUUGCUGUUCGGCCUGGAGAAAUUGUCAGAAUGGUUAGCCACGAAGUAAUUUAUUUUUAA